AUUUUUUUGUUCAUCCUGCAUUCAAGAAGAGGAAUGCCAAGUGACUGUCGAGACUGUUUGGGAAUUCGUUAUCGAAUUAAUACCCUGCACCAAACCUGGAAGUGGCUGCAUCAAACAAUCGCCCUUCACGAAUAUCUGAUCUCCCUCUCAUCGGCUGAUACUGACGCCUGUUGCUCUAUGCACUAGGUUAUAAGGACUUUUUGAACUGUUAUUAGUCAAUUUAUUUAGGUGAUAGAACUGAUAUUAGAUAAUUAGCAUUUAAUAGACUGUGGUUAUUAAGUUCAUACAGAAAAGUAUCCGUUUACAUAUAAAUUUUAUAAUAUAAUACUUAAAGAUGGCUCAGACAAUGAUGAAGAAGAUUGUGGCGAGCAGCGCCUGCCUGGUGGUUGGCCUGACAAGAAGAACAAGCUCUCGCAGCUUGGCAACAGCCAGCAAGAACCUAAAUACUAAGAAGGAACGAGACCUGCCGAGUGAGGGGGAGAUCACCAAGUCGGUCUUCAUGUCCCAAUCAACUGACAUCUACACAAACCUGGCUCUGGAGGACUGGAUGUACCGUAACAUGGACUUCACCAACCAUCAUGUGAUGAUGGUGUGGCGCAAUGAGCCGUGUGUGGUGAUUGGAAGACACCAGAACCCAUGGUUGGAAGCCAAUUUACCACUUCUGAAUGAGAAGGAGAUUGCUUUGGCUAGACGCAACAGUGGUGGUGGUACUGUCUACCAUGACCGUGGCAACCUAAACGUCACAUUCUUCACUCCUCGCGAGAGAUACGACAGGAAAUACAACUUGGAGCUGAUUAAAAGAGCACUCUUCAGAGGAUUUGGUGUCAAGUCACUCAUCAACGAGCGUCAGGACAUCAUUGUACGAGACAAAUACAAAGUCUCUGGAACAGCUGCAAAGCUAGGCCGUCUCACAGCCUACCAUCACUGCACACUUCUAGUCAAUGCCAAUAAGGCAGAUCUCAGCAAAGCCCUAGCUAAACGUGAGCAUGGCAUACAGACUAACGCGACUGCGUCCACGCGCUCUGAGGUGGCCAACCUGUCGGAGGUGGACAACCGGGUGACGGUGGACAGCCUCCAAACUGCCAUCGGCUAUGAGUACCUGCGCACGACCGCCCUGAGUCUGGAGGACGGCGGACAGAACCAGAUCUCAAAGCAACGGGGCUUCCAGUUCGUUAACCCAACCGAUGAUUGGUUCCCAGGACUUGCGGAGUUGAAGAACGAGCUUCAGACUUGGGACUGGUGUUUCGGCAGGACACCCGCCUUCACAGUGAGUCGCUCCUUCCCCGUCCCAGCGGAGUUGCUCGCUCCAUCGAAGGUCUAUUCAGCAACUCAGGAGCUUGCCAUCAACAUGACGGUAGAAAAUGGUCUCAUCGACGAUGUAACGCUCAACAUCCCACCGGGACUGGUGGAGUCAGGGUUCCACGGCGAAGCUUCCGUCAUCACUCAUCUUAAGGGUAAAAGAUUCACGUCCGAAGCUCUGAGCGCUCUUCAAGAAGCCAUGUUGACACGUCAUUUGACCAAUGACGUCAAGAAACUGGACGAUAAAGAACAAUUUGUCGCCAAGUGCUUCGACCAAGUGGUCAACACUGUAACUGCAGCUGCUAGCCUAAAAGCAAAAUGGAGAUGGAAAAGGACAAAAUUGUGUUCAAGCGCACGCGGCGAUCUCGUGUCACGAUGUGGUGCGUCGAUAUCUACCGAGGAAUAUAGCGCACUGUGCCGACCUCCCGUGACUUCAUUUGCAUCAGAAACAUACUUGUAACAUUAUAUAUGAAAC